CCAACCAUGCCUCAGAUGCUUGUUUUGGUCGGCUUGCCCGGCUGUGGUAAGACCGCUUUCGCCAGGAGACUUGCAUCGCACGCGCCGUCGUGGGAGCGCAUCAACCAGGACGAGAUGGGCUCGCGGUCGCUGUGCGAGCAACACGCGGCAAAGUGCCUGAAGGAGGGAAAGAAUGUUGUCAUCGACCGAUGCAACUUUGACGAGGACCAGCGUAAGAUCUGGGUCAAGAUAGCCGAGGACGCGUUUGCGCCCGUCGACGCACUGUUCUUUGAUGUCGACGUGAAAGUGUGCAAGGAGCGGGUGAAGGCGCGGAACGGGCACCCGACCGGCGUCGAGGGCAAGUUCGGAGCCGAAGUUGUUGCACGGUUUGACCGCCUUCUGACGCGGCCGACUAUCUACGAGGGCUUCCGUUACAUCCACAACAUUGCCGCGCAU